GUGCGCAAUAACAUCGCGUUUUUAAUAACAUCAGCUUUGCGAAUACGGAAUUUGUUACGUAUUGUUUGUGGUAUUCUUUAAUUUGCUUAAUUUAUGGUUAAAUGUUCAAAGGAUGGUGUUUUACAUUAAUAAAUUUAAGUGUUUAAAAUAAGUGAUGAUUGCAAGUGUCCAUAAUAUUCUGAAAAGAGUGUGUGAAUUAAUAUAAAUUUAUAGUGACGUAGCUUUAUCAAUAAAACUCAUCAAUAGGAACUGCUAUUUUAUCCUAUCAAAUAAUCUCAAUUGAGCUCCGUGAUUAAUAUUAAUUGGUUUAAAUUAUCAUACUUAAUGAUGAUUCCUAACAGUCCCCAAAGAUAUUAAACAAUAAAUAAAAUAAAAUAUUAAGGUGAUUAAUUGUUUCAAGGAUUAAGAAUAAGCAUGGAUAUCAAAAGGGUUAAGAUUAAAGAAGAAAAUAAUGUAAACAUAAGAAACGAUGGGAAAGAUAAAAAAAUUGGAUGUUGGGCUAAAUUUAAAAGUCUUUUCGAGGAAAGAGGAUUUGAUUUAGAGUUCGAAUACAAUGGUACGGCUUCAGUCAAUAUUAUUAGGGAAAAUCCAACGGAAAAUGAAGGUUACAGAAAGUUAGAAGAAAGAAAUUCGAUAGUUAAAAAACCAGAGGAAAUCGUUAACAUCGACGGUGAAUUAUCAGGGGUUAUAAAUUUUUAUGAACAAUUUGCUACUUUAAACGAUGAUCCGAAAGAAGAUAUAUUUGAUACAAAGAGACGGUCUACUAUACGACAUAGAGUAUCGAUGAGACCAAGUAUGUUGUUAACUAAUAUUGCAGAAGAAUCUGGUGACCUCGAAGUAGAUGAGGAGGAUGAGAACAGGUCGCCGCCGCCUUCACACGUCCCCGCCGCCCUUUUUUACGCGCCACCGGAACCCUUAGAGCUCCUAUGCGUGUUCCCGGAGCGUGCGUCGCGCGUCUGCGCCGCCGCUUGCAACGCGGCCGCACGUGCCGGCGGCGAAUCACGCGCGGUGCGCGGAGCUAGAGAGGCUUUGGACGCGUUCCGACGCGACGCAGACGCACGACUACCUCAUGUAGUUGUUAUUGACGCACGACAGCCACAGUUAAUGGAUCCGACGUUAUUAGCAAGAGCUAUUCGGGGGAUGAAAAACACUCAACAAAUUAUUCUCAUCGCCGUCGUGAAAAAGAGCGCAUACCUCAAAGAUGACUUUGCUGUUAUACCGUAUCUGGAGGCCGGUUUCAACAGGGUAAUGGUAGAAACAUUGGGUGCAGCAGCUUGGUGUGCAGAAAUAUUACAAGCUCGCGCAGCUGCCGCAACUUCUCGGGCCCAAGUCGGCGCCAUCGCGGCUCUGGCGGCGGCAAUAGAUCGCUGUCGAGACCUUGUAGCAGUCACUGAUGACCAACAGCGAAUACUGCUCACAAAUAAAUCGUGGUGCCGGGUGGUUGGGUGGAGGCCAGAAGAAGGUCCGAGACCUUUGACAGAAGCAGUCAGCGGUGAGGCUCUGCGAUUGGCAGCUACCGGGGCCCGUGAUUGGGAAGCACCUGUAUUAAUACGAAGACGAGCCGCUCCCGAUCCAGUGCUGCUUCCGUGCCGAGGAUCUUCUGUAACUUUAAACAAGAGCACUUCACACGUCGUGUUUGUUUGUGAACCUAGUAAUGCUAUGGACUGUGAACGAGCACGUGGUUCACUCCAUUCUAUCCGACGAGGGUCGUUGGAUGUACGCUCCGUCGCAUCUGAUGGAUUGCGUCGUACUUCAUUAGCUAAGCUGCAAGGAUUACCGCUGGAAGCACCAAUUACUAAGGUUAUAUCCCUCCUGUCGGCGGCAACAGAUGGCGCUCCACCUUCCACCAUCGCUUGCAUAGAUCGUGCCGUUGACAUGUUGCGCACUUCGGAGUUAUACUCGCCGCAGAUGAGGGAAGACCCGAAGAUGAGGGCCGAAGACCCUAUUGCUACUGACCUUAUUGGAGCUUUGCUGUCGCGGGAGCAAGUGAACUCAAACCUUUUUUAUAUGCAAGGGGCGACAAAUGUCCUGUCAUCACGCAGGAGCAGUAAUGACUCCACAGUCGUCAGAUCUCAAGCCAAUAGAACUAAUAUGAAACAUAAGACAACAGGCCAACUACGCGAAGUCCUAGACACGGCUCUGAGCUGGGAGUUCGAGAUCUUCCGCCUCGAGGACUUGACCCGCGGCCGGCCUCUCACACACCUCGGCCUCACACUGAUGGGCGGCCGCUUUGACGUUUGUUCGACGUUAGAAUGCGACGAACGAACUCUCUUGCACUGGCUGACGGUUAUCGAGACGAAUUACCACGCUGUCAACACCUAUCACAAUUCUACACACGCAGCUGAUGUUUUACAGGCCGUAGCAUUCUUCAUAGAGAAGGACCGUCUAAAAAUGCUACUAGAACCAUUGGAAGCUGCUGCAGCGUUGAUCUCAGCCGCGGCUCAUGACAUUGAUCAUCCAGGAACAUCCUCUGCAUUCCUUUGCAACUCGCGACACUCACUUGCGAUCCUCUACAACGAUGUCAGCGUGCUGGAGUCUCACCACGCUGCCCUCACCUUCAAACUUACCCUCAAUGACGAUCGCGUGAACAUAUUCAAGAAUCUCGACCGUGACACGUACAAAUCGGUGCGGCACAAUGUCAUCGACAUGAUCCUCGCCACGGAGAUGACCAAGCACUUCGAGCAUCUCGCCAAGUUCGUCAACGUGUUCUACGACAAGUCCAAUGGCAGCAAGGAGGAUAACAUGCAUACUGAUGAGCCUCUGUCAUUGGAUACAACAGCCUUGACCUCACCGGAAAACGUCGUUCUAAUAAAGAGAAUGAUGAUCAAAUGUGCAGACGUGUCGAAUGCUUCAAGACCUCAAAAGUUCGCCUUUGAGUGGGCAAGAAGGAUCGCAGAGGAGUACUUCUUGCAGACUGACGAAGAGAAGGCCAAGGAGUUGCCGGUCGUGAUGCCAAUGUUCGACCGUGCGACUUGCUCUAUACCGCGCUCACAGAUAGGAUUUAUUGACUACAUCAUAAUCGACAUGAUGGAAGCUUGGGCCGCGUUCAUUGACAUGCCUGAGCUGGUCACCCACGCGAGAAAUAACCACCAACGUUGGAGGGAACUUGACGAAGCUGGUGUGACAACAAUCGCUGAUGUGAAGCGAGCACAACGUCAAAACACCAUACAAUCGGCACCAAACUCAACCUCACAACCCACUGCUGAAGAGUAAACUCCACGAUAUUAUCCAUAAUGUAUUUGGAUAUAAUACGUUUUAACUAAUAACAGCGCGUUAUUUAUAUACAAAAUGCGACGAACGUAACGGUAAAAUAGACUUGAUCAAACUGAUAAUAAAAGAUCAAAGGAAAGCUAACCGUUUUUUGCGUAUACAUUUUGGAGAGCCUCUAAAUUUUGUUGCAAAUAAUACUUAUAAAACAAUCUGUCAAAUAAAUGUAAAAACACAAAAAUAAAGAAGCACAAACUUUUUUAAAGAACACGAAGAAUGAACUAGUUUAUAACUAGUAUUAAUCCGUACCAAAUUAAAAAUCAAAACUAUAAAUAAUAUUGAAAAUAUUGAAAAAAUAAAGUUCCAAAUUAAAGUUCUUAAUGUCCAAGUUAUAAAAUGUAUCGUGUAUUACAAAAGGAACUGGCCCUAUUCAAUUUUGAUAUUGAACUUAUGUGUAAAAGAAAUUCAUUUUUCAUUUAUUAAAACAUUUCAAACAUAGUUGCCAAAGUAUCUUAAUUUAAAUGGGGCCAAAGUAUUGAAUACACAUUUUUAUCAUCGAGGUGGGUUCAUCUCAGAUAUUGGUAAAUAUACAGAUAAAUAAAUCGGAUAUGACGACUAUGGAAGUUUAAAAUCUUCCUUGAACGCAUUUGGAUGUAAAAAAAAAUUAAAAGUCUGAAACGGAUCAUCGGCGCAAAGCCUCAUCGGAUGUGUCCGAAAAUACGCUUAUUUUAUACCUAUGCCCGUGUUUGUGUGGGUAUUAAAUUAUAUUGUUGCUAUCUACUUAAGUAGCGGGAGAUAUUGAUAUAAAUUUUUUUAAUAGUUUAUUUCAUAAAUAUAUUUAUGAAUUUAUCUUCGUACCAUGAUAUCCAAUAUAUAGGAUGUUAUUUUUGUGUAUUGCAGUUGCCAUUUAGACGGGUAUUAAAUUUGUUGUUUAGAUAAAUACGUACUAUAAAAAUCCGUGAUAGAGUGCCAUAUAAGUAGUUGGCAAACUGUCAUUUUACCAUUUUUUUUUCACUGCAUACCAUGACACUAUCACCUUCCCGACAUUUAACUGAAAUAGCAAUCAAGAAAAUAUAUAGUGCAAACAUUAUAACAAAGUCGCUUUUACACAUAAGUGAGGCAUAUAAUAAAUAACAAUUAAAACGAAAUAUUUUAUUCUCAGCAAUAAAUAAAAAUAUAAAAGACUAUGCAUAAUGGAAAAAAUUAACUAUGUUUUAAUAAGUACUAGGCUUUUCACAAGCCUUAGAGUUCCUACAUUUCUAGAUGUAUAAAAUUAUAGCAACCGUAGCAACUUUGGACCGGCAAAGUUAAAAUGUUUGCACUAUUCAUAUAUUAAUAUCACAUUAUAUUCCCUUCAAUCAAAUAUGUAGCGAUAGAAAACCAAAAACUAAAUAUAAAAUUGGUCCACAUAUACACUUGAGCUUUGAGAAAAUUCCUAUUUUUAUAUAUAACUUUUAUAAUACCUUAUACACCGAAACCUUUCGGUUUUUAUCAUAUCAAAAUUUCAAAUUUUCGAACGUUUUAAAAUAACUUUUCUAUAUCUAAAAGUGUACACUGUCGUUUCGUUUCAUUUCAUGGACAGGUGUGUUUACAUAACUUUUAUAAUAAUAAAAAUUUUAAAAAUGUUAUUUAUAUCCUACUUCAUUAUACUUUGAUCGCUUAAACAUUUCGUGUUACUAUUAAUAUAAUUUAUUAUAAUCAAAUAAGGUUUAAACGUGUUUAUACUAAUUACUAUAAUAAAAGUAGAGAUUUAUUCGUCUAUAUGACGCUGGUAUUCUAAGUAAUUUAUACCAAUUGUAUAGCUAAUCAAUACAAUUUUAAAGGUUAUAAUGUUACGCUUCCUUGUGCUCAAUGUCAAUACAUAACGGUCUAAAUAAAUGGACAUAGACGUAAUCGUUUAACUUUUAAAAUAAUUAUGUAUCUGUGGAAACUUCUAUCCCCUCUUAAAUUAUUUAAAUGUAGAUCGUGGUGUUCAAUCUCAUAUUAUUGAUUGUAUGUAACAAAUACCAAAUUUAGGCUCGUGUUAUGCCUAAUAACAAAGAACAUAUAUGUGUAUCAAAUAUUAAAUAAAAUUAUUAGGCUUAAUUUAAUUACUAAAUUAUUCUACUAGUUAGCUCAAUUUAUUUGAAGAUGUAAUGAAAUAAACCAGUAUGGUUUAAGAAUAUUCUAAUAGAUUUUCUCCUCUACAUUAAAAUAAAGGAAGUAAUCUCAGAUUUGUUACAAAUUUUCUUACAAAAAUACAAUACGUUUAAUAUUAUAAACAAUUAUACUGGAUUGAUUGAACGAAAGCCUCAGUUAACUUAUGAAUUAAAAUCUUCGAGGAGACCAUAAUAUACAAAUCAAUUAAUUUAAUUUACUUACACUACAAAAUAUUGUAUAAUCUAAAAAAUAUUUAUUCGAACAUAACUUUUUCUUAAAUAAUAAUGCCUAAUAUUAAUUAAUUAAUAAUUUACUUUGUGUUAUAGUAAAUUGAUCGUUUGAAAAUUAUAUGUGACGGGGGCUGGUCCCCAUGUGUAUGAGGAGUUAUAGUUAACAUUGUUGUGAAUUUUAUAUGAAAAUAUAAUAUGCGCUAUAGAGAUAUCAAAGUUAUCGAUGUUAUAACAAUUUAUGACGUUCUUAAGCUUCGUAAAUUUGUCUCUGUGAAUAGUUUUAUUCAAUUGAGUAACAAUGUUCACUUCCGUUUACAAAUGGUUUAAGAAUUUUAUAAACUUAACAAUAACAGUAUUUAAACAUAUUAUGUAGCUUAAGUCUUAACCGUAUACGUAACGAUUUCAAGAAAACGGUUAGAAUUUCGCUUAAUAAUAUGUUACUUAAUCUUAUAACUUGGUACAUUGUAUUAACAAUACUCAAAAUCAAAAGUUAAGAUUUUAAAUAGUAAAAUGUUUGUUUCAUGCUUCUUGUAACUAUAUUAGUUAUCUGUGUAAUGUUAAAGUAAACCAAUGAAACCUUUCCUUAGGUAUUGCAACGGCUAAUCUAUUUGUAAUGGCUAAUAAUAUCUGUGUGUCAAUAAAAUAAGAACUUAGACGAAUGUUCCACAUGAAUUUUCCGUGAGCGUCUUGUUAACAUGAAUGAGAUUGUUAAGUGUUGUGUAAAUAAAAAGAAAACUUACA